GGUCUCAAGAACCAACCAGAUUUGAUCUCCUCAUACUCCGUUGUUCUCAUCUAUUUCUCUACCUCUACCCACAGAAAGUUCUACUCUGUCGCGAAGUUCUUCUCCAUGGGCCGAAAGCUCCAGCGCUUUGUCGGCGUCAUAAAAGACAAAGCUUCCCUGACCAAAGCCACACUCGUCUCUCCUCCGUCCUCCUCCGCCGCCGAUCUGGCCGUCCUCCGCGCCACCUCCCACCACCACCCUUCCUCCCCUCCACAUCCCCAUCAUAUCGCCGCCCUGCUCUCAUUCGGCCACGGUGCUCGCCCCGCAGCUGCAGCCCUCUCAUCAUCCCUCUCCUCCCGCCUUCUCUCCACCCGCGACCCUUCCGUCGCCCUCAAAUCCCUCCUUUCCCUCCACCACCUCCUCCGCUCCGCCCCCUUCAUUCUCCUCGACUCCCUCUUCUCUUCUCUCCUCCCUAAAGCCUCCGGCCGCCACACCCGCAGCCCCCUCCUCCUCUCUUCCUUCCCACUCGGUCCAGAUCCGGUUUCAUGGUCUCUUUCUUCCUGUGUCCGUUGGUACUCCCGUCUUCUCGAGCUCCGAAUAAUCCUCCCAAAUCCCUCUUCCGACCUCGCCGACUGGGUUUCCUCUCUUCUCACCCGAGAUCUCAUCUCCGAACUCGACACCCUCACGAAAUUUCUCGCCGAGGCCUUCUCACCGCCGGAGCUGCCCGACGGAAACCGAUUGUUGGCUGAGGUGAUGAGAGUAGUGAACGAAGAUAGGAUUACCGCGGAGAACGGGAUUGCCAUCCGGCUCGGGGAGGUGAGGGAGCGGAUCGACCCGGUUGGGUUUGGUGAUGCAGUCGAAUUGGUUUUCGUGCUCCGCCGCCUCGAGGAGCAUCGGCCGCCGUCCGAUGCGAGAUGGAUGGAUGACGAUGGUCAGCGCCGGUUUUGGACGGAAGUGAAGGAGGUGAGAGAAAAGGUUGAGGAGGUUGUGGUCAGGAGGGAGAAAGAGGAGAGAGCUGUGAGUAGAGAGCGGGGGGUCAGCGCUUCGGACCGGUUUGGGGUUCGGACCGGCGAGGUGGUUCUGUUUGGUUCGAACCGGUGGGUUAAACAGUAGUUUAGGACGUUCAGCUUUAGGACUAUUUGAUGUAUUUUUUUAAUUGUUUGAUAAUAUGGAUUGAUUACAAUGGCUUAUUUAAUAUUCCACCUAA